AUGAACAUGAGACCAGGAAACCCAGCAAAUAGUGAUAGCGGUGCCGGUGCUUCUGAAGAUAAAUUCAAUCAACGUUUAAUUCAUCUACAAAACCAUCUCAAGAUGUCUGCACCAGAAGCAACCGGAGAUUUCGGCCUCAUCGGCUUGGCUGUUAUGGGUCAAAACAUUAUCCUUAACGCUGCUGAUCACGGUUUCAACGUUAUUGCUUUCAACCGUACCACAUCAAAGGUUGAUCGUUUCCUCGAGAAUGAGGCUAAGGGAAAAUCCAUCGAGGGUGCACACUCAAUUGAAGAGUUCUGCGCCAAGUUGAAGAAACCCCGUCGUAUCAUGCUCUUGGUCAUGGCUGGUAAGCCAGUUGACGACUUCAUCGAGACCAUCCUCCCACACAUUGAGGAAGGUGAUAUCAUCAUUGAUGGUGGUAACUCACAUUUCCCCGAUACCAACCGCAGAACAAAAUACUUGGCUCAAAAGGGUAUCCGUUUCGUUGGUAGCGGUGUUUCCGGUGGUGAAGAGGGUGCCAGACAUGGUCCAUCUUUGAUGCCUGGUGGAAACGAGGAGGCUUGGCCAUACAUUAAGGAUGUUUUCCAAAGCAUCGCUGCCAAAUCUGAUGGUGAGGCAUGCUGUGAAUGGGUUGGUGAUGAGGGUGCUGGUCACUACGUCAAGAUGGUUCACAACGGUAUUGAGUAUGGUGACAUGCAACUCAUUUGCGAAGCUUAUGAUAUCAUGAAGCGUGGUCUUGGUAUGCAAGACAAGGAAAUUGGUGAUGUUCUCGCCGAAUGGAACAAGGGUGUCCUCGAUUCAUUCUUGAUCGAAAUUACCCGUGAUAUUAUGUACUUCAACGAUGAUGAUGGAACCCCACUUCUCGAGAAGAUUAUGGAUUCCGCUGGACAAAAGGGUACCGGAAAGUGGACUGCCAUCAACGCUCUCGACCUCGGAAUGCCAGUUACUUUGAUUGCCGAAUCCGUCCUUUCCCGUUGUCUUUCAUCCCUCAAGGAGGAGCGUACUCGUGCCUCCAAGGUCCUCUCUUACGUCGGACGAUCAAACAAAUUUGAGGGUGACAAGAAGCAAUUCCUCGAGGAUUUGGAGCAAGCUUUGUAUGCUUCAAAGAUUAUUUCAUACGCUCAAGGUUUCAUGCUUAUGCAAGAGGCUGCCAAGGAAUUCAAGUGGAAGCUCAACAAGCCAUCCAUUGCUUUGAUGUGGAGAGGUGGAUGCAUUAUCAGAUCCGUUUUCCUCAAGGAUAUCACAGCCGCUUACCGUGCUGAUGAUAACUUGGAGAACUUGUUGUUCAGUGAUUUCUUCAACAAGGCUAUCCACAAGGCUCAACCAGGAUGGAGAGAUGUUGUUUCUAAGGCUGCCCUUAUGGGUAUUCCAACCCCAGCUUUCUCCACUGCUUUGUCUUGGUUCGAUGGUUACCGUACCAAGGAUCUCCCAGCCAACCUUCUUCAAGCUCAAAGAGAUUACUUCGGUGCCCACACCUUCAAGAUCAAGCCAGAGCACGCCUCUGAGAAAUACCCAGUCGGAAAGGAUAUUCACGUCAACUGGACUGGACGUGGAGGAAACGUUUCCGCUUCUACUUACCAAGCAUAA